AUGGCACCCAUGCCCAGACAAUCGAUAUCUGGAAGGCCAUCACGGUCUCAUCACAAGUCAUCCAUGAAAGCACCCCGCCACGUUAGCCUCCGCAUAAGAAGCGCAGAUACGUGCCUGGUGGGCCGGGAGGAGGAGGAAGGUUUGUUGAACUCGACGCGGCAGCUGUGGCGUCCCCCACAGCUCAAGAAAAUACCCCCCAAGAAGAAGAACGGCACGCCUCGAAGGCACUCCAAUAACGCUCGCAGCCGGCCUGCGCGUGAGAUCGAGCAGUCCCUAUACGCCCCUCCGCCACCACCUCCCAUUCCAACAACACCUCCAUCUAUGACGCGUCCUCGACGAGAUAAAAGUCAGAAUCGCGGUCGCUUCACCUCUUCAACAGCAGCAGCCCUUGCUCUGCAACAAGGCGACGGUUACAAACCGCGAGAAGAGAGGGGAUGGGAAGAAUUCCACCCUGAUCUGGACAUUGAUGGGAAACUCGCAGUAUUUACAGCGGAUGAGGUCGACGCUGCAGAUGCCCCUCCUAAUUCCGCGAAUCCAGACUCGGUUUCUGGAGCUUUAGAAAGCUUGGGCUCUCCGAUCCAGACUUCUACAGAUGUGACGCCGCUUCCAUUUAAACGUCGACCUGGUCGCCCCCCGCGUCGUCCGGAAGCUCUUCUCAAUGCGAUUCGUUUUCAACCUGGGCCGAAGGUGAUCCCACCGCCAGGUCCAAAUCCCCGUGAGAAGUUAACUCUACCAAAGCCCGCUUUUCGCCUACAAGAUCCUUUCACAUUUUACGAGCAGAAGGGCGGCGGCCAGCAGAAUUAUGUCGACCGAACUAUGGCCAGUGUAGGUUAUCAAGAAAGCGAUGUGUUCCUACGCCAUGAUAGGCGCUUCAUUCGAAUGACUGAGGGUGCCCAAGAGGAUGAUAUGGACGUGAUACAACCUGCUGCUGUUGAUAAUGAUAUCAACUCGACCGUUGGACGGGUCGAGUAUGAUAUGGAUGAACAGGAUGAAAAAUGGCUCGAUGACAUCAAUGCCAAACGCCGGGACGACCAACUCGAACCGAUAAAGCCUGCCAUAUUCGAAAUUACCAUGACAAAGAUUGAGAAAGAAUGGCAUGCUCUGGAAAAGCGCAUUCCAAAACCUAACCCAAAGCCCCCACAGACACAGCGGCCUCGCUCUAGCUCUGCCGCUGCAGUCAACGGAGAGACCGUAGGGCCAGGGAGGAACAAGACAGUAAAUGUGCAAUUUGUGACGAUGAACUCCAACGCGAUUGUGUUCUGCGAUGGAUGUGAUCUAGCUGUUCAUCAAGAAUGCUACGGCGUUCCAUUCAUUCCUGAGGGCCAGUGGCUCUGUCGCAAAUGCCAGCUGCUUGGACGCGGCACUACGAAUUGUAUCUUCUGUCCCAACACGGAGGGUGCCUUUAAACAAACUACGUCCUCGAAGUGGGCGCAUCUCCUGUGCUCCUUCUGGAUUCCCGAGGUUUCCAUAGGGAAUCCUUCUUUGAUGGAACCUGUGACUGACGUUGAAAAGGUACCACGAGGUCGCUGGAAGUUGCUAUGCUAUAUCUGUAAGCAGAAGAUGGGAGCCUCUAUCCAAUGCAGCAACAAGAACUGCUUUGUUGCGUUCCACGUGUCGUGUGCACGGCGUGCUCAGCUUUAUCUUAAGAUGAAGAUUGGCCACGGUCUCAUGGACUCUCACCUUCUCAAAGCCUUCUGUGAUAAGCAUGUCCCUCCCGAUUGGCGAUUGGAGCAUGGUACCGAUGCUGCUACGGCGGAUGCCAUUGAGUACUACCGGAAUACUAUGCAGGGUAGACGGUGGGGCGAUAGCCAGGCAGCGGCGUUGUCUCUGGCACCCUCGCACGCGGAAGAGGGAGAGGAAGAAUGUCUCCACACUCCUCGAAUUACAUUGACUGUCGGUGGGAACAAGCGCAAGCGAGCGGCUAGAACCAUUUGGAAGCUACCCUCAGGCGCCCCUGUCAUUCCACAGGUCGUCCUCAACUCGGUUGUUGCUUCCCUUGGGCGAUUCACAGUUCGUGGCCGCAAACAAUAUGCGGAAGAGGCUUGCAAGUACUGGACUUUGAAACGCGAGGCACGACGUGGCGCCGCUCUCCUCAAGAGACUCCAACUGCAGUUGGAGACAUUUUCCUCAAUGGAGAUGACCCGUCGUGAUUACGUAGCUAUGGGUGUUACUGGUCAUAAGCGUCUACAACGUCGUAUCGAAUUUGGUGAGCACCUCUACAAGGAUCUUGAUCGGUUGCGAAUGCUUUGCGAUGAGGUGAAAAAGCGUGAGAGGGAGAAGCUCAAGGAUGCUGAGAUGCUACGAAGCAUUGUUGACCUGGUCUACUUCCCCAUCUUUCCACUCUUGUGGCCGGUCUUUGAGAAGGCUCAAUCUCGAUGGGAAAGCGGUAUUCGCUGCUGGUUUAAUCGACUCCAAGAGAGGUUUUACCCGUCUGUGGCGUCCUUCUCUGCUGACUUGGCUAGCCUUUUCACCUCGGAGAUAGGCGUUGGGCCUGCCGGUGACACCGCGCAACUCCAAGAGCAGAUCAGUGGCCGGGCCCCUGAACUCAGUGUAGAGCAGCGCGAGAAAAGGAAAUUGGCUAAGCGGAUAAUUAAAUCUAUCCAGCCCGCUUUGGAAGAUGCUAUCCGAAAAGAAAGCGAAUUGAACCGAAAACCUUAUGAAAAAGAACUGAAGGAGCUGGAUGUGAUUCUGGAUCAUAGUGUGAUGUCCCGUCGGGGCGAUUCCGCCGAAGUCGAGGGAGAUACUGAGCUUGGGAUCGACCCAGAAGACCACAAGGUUGAAGCUAUGGAAGGCGUGGAAGCAAUUGAUAACCAUGACCAAAUGUCAACUGCACCUCCGGCCGAUGAAGUUGUACCUUCACGAGAGCUUGCUACGGAAGACGUUGUGGCUCAAGCAUCUGUCUUCGAGGAUGAAACAAAGCCCAACAUCAAUGUGAUCACUAAGCGCCAUCCCACGCCUGUUCUGAGUGAGGAGGACCAGCAACUCCCACUGGCACAGGGGGGUAUCCAGUGGUACAUGGAACCCUUUGAUCCAGUUGGAACAACAAUUCACGAGGAGCGGUGGACUGGUCGGGAUGUGAUGCGUGGUAUGAGCGAAGAAUUGAGCGAGCUGGAUGAAGAUGAACUGAAAGAUUUGGUGGACGACGAGCUGCCUGACACUGUGAACACGUCGGCAGACAACCCGGGUCGUUCCAAGCAGAAUGUCCGUAGGACUCGACGUUCUCGUUGGUAG